GGAAAUCUUUUAAACACUUUGCAGAAGUCGCAUGUAAACGUGCAAUGCCAUUCAAUUCAAUUAGCGGAGUUCUGGUCAAUAAAGGAUGAGGCUUCUUUUGUUUUCGCUACUCUUUUUUGGUACAGCUUUGGGGUCCCAUUUCCGAGGAGGUAUCUUUACAUGGAAGAACCUUUCUGGAAAUCAGGUACAAGUUACCCACCGCAUGUCCUGGAGAAAUACUUAUUAUUCCCCGGUGUGUGAUGAUAGUUACAAAACCAACAGAACACAGAGAACGUUUGGCACUGUCAGUUGUUUUGAAGGUUGUAGUUUAUACAGUUGGAGCAGUCCUUCAAUAAAAUCAAUAUGCACAGACUACAGCACAUCGGAAGAUUGGGCAACAUAUGAGGGAGAAUUUAACGUCACUCUACCAUCUAGUUCGACCUCGUACUUCAUUGGGUAUUCUUCGUGUUGUUGGAUAAGUACCCUUCUGUUGAAUUCUGACUCUAGUUGGACUAUAGGAACGCGAAUAGAUCUUGCUUACAGACAGGAUAUUGGCCGUGUCAACACAUCGCCCGUCACUGCCAUGCAGCCUAUUGUUCGACUACAGCGCGGAUGCAGCCAUAGCAUCAAAAUUCCAGUUGCUGAUGAUGAUGGUGACGACAUAAGAUGUAGAUGGGCAGUUAGUUCACCCACCGACGAGUGUGAUGGGAUUUGUGGUUCUCUCUUCGGGGCUGUUUUGCAUCAGAGUACAUGUACUCUGAACUACUCCGCUUCAACAAGUACCUCGGGAUAUUACGCUGUAGCCAUUCAGAUUGAAGAUUUUGCCUCCUCCUCUUCUUCUACCCCAUUGAGCAGCAUCCCUCUCCAGUUCCUGGUCGAAAUAUUUGAUUCAAAUAGUGGGUGUGCCUCGGCACCUACAUUCAUUUCACCAACGCCGCCCAAUGGAGGUUGUUAUGAGGCAGUCCAAGGAGUGGCUCUCACUAUCGAGAUUCGCAUCAGAACGGGAACUACCAGUCAACGAAUCGAAGAAGUCACCACGCAAACUCCAGUCGGCGUCACAAAGUCCAGUAUCCAAUCAAUUUCAUCGACCGAUUAUUACGUCAUCCUGAGCUGGACACCAGCAAGCACUCAGCAGGGAUCUUAUAUUAUCUGUUUUACCGCAGAGGACAAUUUGGGAUUAACCACAGAGUCCAGAUGCAUCACGUGGAAUGCCGUCCGUUCGAGUACACUCCCGACAAUCGUAUCAGGUACUCAGCAUCCAACAGGUCUUGUGUACGGGGACAAUAGAAAUUGGUCUGUUCAGUAUUCAAAUUACUUUGUGCGUCCCUCAACAUCAACUUAUAUUCGAGUUUACCAAUCCAAUGGUGUUCUCAUGGAGUCCAUUGACGCUAUGUCAUCAGCUGUUGUUUACCCACAAUCCACAAGCGGAAGACAAUUGUCCUUUACGACUUCCUACAACUAUCAAAGAGGCAUUACUUAUAAUAUACGGUUCGAUGAAGGUAUAGCCAAUAAAGAACUUGGCUGUAGCGUGAAGUCGCCAGCAAUUACCAGUACAACAUUUUGGACGUUCUCGAUAUACUUUGUUCGCUGCAGUGAUCAUCCGUGUAUAAACAGUACAUCGUGCACUGAUUUGGUAGGAGAUUACUUCUGUUAUUGUCAGCAAGGGUUCACUGACAAGAACUGCAGCACUAAUAUCAAUGAAUGCGCUUCUAAUCCAUGUCAAAAUUCUGGGACCUGCUUAGACGGAAUCAACUCAUUCUCUUGUAGGUGUGACUUGGACCAUUAUGGACCUCUAUGCGAAAACCGUUACACCAGAUGUAGCGACACUCCUUGUCAAAAUGGAGCCACGUGUUCUGACGUCAUAGGUGGAUACCGGUGUCAAUGUCCCCUUGGAUAUAGUGACUUCAAUUGUUCUACUGAUAUUAAUGAAUGCGCUUCCAAUCCAUGUCAAAAUUCUGGGAACUGCACAGACGGCAUAAAUUCAUUCUCUUGUACGUGUGACGUGGACCACUAUGGAACUCGAUGCGAAAACCGUUACACCAGAUGUAGGGACGCUCCCUGUCAAAAUGGUGCCACAUGUUCUGACAUCAUAGGUGGAUACCGGUGUUUCUGUCCUAUGGGAUAUAGUGACGUCAACUGUUCUACAGAUAUAAAUGAAUGCAUUUCCAAUCCAUGCCAAAAUUCCGGGACAUGUGUAGAUGGCAUCAACUCAUUCUCUUGUUUGUGUGAUAUGGACCAUUAUGGACCUCAAUGUGAAAACCGUUACACAAGAUGUAGAGAUGCUCCGUGCAAAAACAAUGCCACGUGUUCUGACGUCAUAGGUGGAUACUGGUGUCUCUGUCCUAUGGGAUAUAGUGACGUCAACUGUUCUACUGAUAUAAAUGAAUGCAUUUCCAAUCCUUGCCAAAAUUCCGGGACCUGCAUUGAUGGCAUCAACUCAUUCUCUUGUUUGUGUGACAUGGACCAUUUUGGACCUCUAUGCAAAAACCGCUACACAAGAUGUAGAGAUGCUCCAUGCGAAAACAACGCCACGUGUUCUGACGUCAUAGGUGGAUACCGGUGUCUCUGUCCUAUGGGAUAUAGUGACGUCAACUGUUCCACUGACAUUGAUGAAUGCGCUUCCGAUCCGUGUCUAAAUUCUGGGACCUGCACAGACGGCAUCAGCUCCUUCUCGUGUCUGUGUGAUAUAGACCAUUAUGGACCCCGUUGUGAAAACCGCUACAUACGAUGCAGGGACGAUCCCUGUGAAAAUAACGCCACCUGUUCUGACGUCAUCAGCGGAUACAUUUGUCAUUGUCCUAGAGGAUAUACUGACGUCAACUGUUCUACUGAUAUUGACGAUUGUGAGUCUGUUCCAUGUAAAAACAACGCUACAUGUAUAGAUGGUAUCGAUGAGUUCUCCUGUCAGUGUUCUCCAGGAUACUACGGUGAUAACUGCACUGAAAAGAACUUAGUACGGCUUGUGGAUGGUGCCACGCCCCAUGAGGGUAGGGUAGAGAUCUACAAUAAGGGGGUGUGGGGGACGGUAUGUGAUGACUUCUGGGAUGACCGUGACGCAGCGGUGGUCUGCGGGAUGCUGGGAUAUUCAAGAAAAAAUGCCAAAGGCUUGUGCUGUGAAGUCUACGGCAAAGGCGGUCCACAGAUAUGGCUGGACAAUGUUGAGUGUUUUGGGACCGAAAGCGAUAUCUUUCACUGUCAACACAUUGGUUGGGGAAACCAUAACUGUGAUAAUCACGAAGAUGCAGCAGUGCAGUGUUAUCCUAGCGGAACCGGAACACCUGUAAGACUUGUGGGAGGACAGACGCCGUUGGAGGGGAGAGUUGAGGUGUUUUACAAUGGUGUCUGGGGAACCAUUUGUGACGAUUACUGGGACGACAAGGAUACAACUGUCGUCUGCAAUUCUCUGGGCUUUUCAGCGCGUAACGCAAUUUCUAUGAGCUGUUCUACGUUCGGUUUUGGAAAUGGACCAAUCUUGUUGGACGAUGUUGAUUGUUUAGGAACAGAAACCGAUAUAGGAGUUUGCAAGCAUCGGGGAUGGACCAUUCAUAAUUGUAAUCAUGUAGAGGAUGUGGCGGUCAGAUGUUCGCCACCAGAAGUGAGUGUAGAAACUACAACAACCCCUUGUCCUAAAAAUUCUACGACGCCGCGAACAGCAAAUGGACAACAUAUCCAAAGCUCAACUACAGUACACAGCAUUACAAACAGCAGUGAACAGUCACAAACAGAUUUAGUCACUGAUCAAACAGCAAACGAACAAUUAACAACAACUUCCGCAUAUAACACUAAAUAUAAUGAAUAUGAUACCACUGAAAAUCCAGCAACUUCAAUGACUGAACAACCAUCAACAAUCAAAACAACUGAACAAUCAAACAAAAUCCCAUCAGCUGAUUCGCCAACGACUGAACAGCAGAUUACUAUUUUACCCACUGAAGAACCAACCACAACAUUACCAAAAGAACAACAAACAACAACUGCAAUUCUAGCAUCAACUCAAACACCUGAGCGACUUUCAACAACUACAACAACUAAACUAUUAACAACUGAGCAAUUAACUACAAAACACUUAACCACAAAAUCAACAACAGAACAGCAAGCAACAACGGAAACUCCAACUAAAACUACAACUACAACAACGGAAGCUCCAACUACGACCUCACCAACAAGAGUUCCAACUACAACCACAACAAAAAGCGCUCAAACUACGACCACAACGACAAAAGCUCCAACUUCGAUUAUAACAACAACAGAAGCUCCAACUACGACCACAACAACAAGAACUCCAACUACGACCACAACAACAAGAGCUCCAACUACAACUAAAACGACAAGUGCUCCAACUACAACUACAACAACGGCUCCAACUACAACCACAACAUCAGCUCCAACUACAACUACAACAACAGAAGCUCCAACUACAACCAUCACAACAAGAGCUCCAACUACGACCACAACAACUGAAGCUCCAACUACGACCAUCACAACGGAAGCACCAACUACAACCACAACAACGGAAGCUCAAACUGCAACCAUAACAACAAGAGCUCCAACUACAACCACAAUAACGGAAGCUACAACUAUGACCACAACAACUGAAGCUCAAAUUAUAACCACCACAACAGAAGCUCCAACUACAACCACAACAACAAGAGCUCCAACUACAACCACAACAACAAGACCUCAAACUACAACCACAACAACAGAAGCUCCAACUACAACCAUUACAUCGGAAGCACCAACUAUGACCACAAUAACAGAAGCUCCAACUACAACCACAACAACGGAAUCUCCAACUACAACCACAACAACAAGAGCUCCAACUACGACCACAAUAACGGAAGCUACAUCACCAACCACAACAACGAAAUCUCCAACUACAACAACAACAACAGAAGCUCCAACUACGACUACAACAACAGACGGUCCAACUACAAUCAAAACAACAAGAGCUCCAACUACAACCACAACAACGGAAGCUCCAACUACAACAACAACAACGGAAGCUCCAACUACAACCACAACAACAAAAGCUACAACACCAACCACAACAACAAGAGCUCCAACUACAACAACAACAACAGAAGCUCCAACUAAGACGACAACAACAGACGGUCCAACUACAAUCAAAACAACAAGAGCUCCAACUACAACCACAACAACGGAGGUUCCAACUACAACAACAACAACAGAAGUUCCAACUACGACCAUAACAACAAGGGCUCCAACUACGACCACGACAACAAGAGCUCCAACUACGACCAUAACAACAAGAGCUCCAACUACGACCAUGACAACAAGAGCUCUAACUACGACCACUAUAGCAAGAGCACCAACUACGUCUACAACAACAGUAUCACAAAAUGUUCCUACCACUUUGGGAACGACAAGUAAUACCGUCCGACUUGUUGGAGGAUCAAACGAAUAUGAGGGGCGAUUAGAAGUAUUUUACAAUGGGGAAUGGGGAACCGUUUGUGAUGACGGGGGUGUUGAUGGAAUUGCUGCUGUUGUGUGCCGUUCCUUAGGUCUGCCUUGGAAUACAUCUGAAGCCUAUUGUUGUGCAAGAUAUGGACAAGGAUCAGGUCGUAUCUGGAUGGACAAUGUUCAAUGUGUUGGAUCUGAAGCAAGAAUUGAAGAGUGUCACCAUAUGGGCUGGGGAUUGCACAAUUGUGGCCAUUUUGAAGAUUUAUCAAUACAAUGUUUACCGUCCUUUACAACCAGUACAAUAUUAUCAACAACAGCUCAAAAUACAUCCACAACAGCAAGAGCUCCAAUGACGACCACAACAACAAGAGCUCCAACAACGACCACAACAACAGAAGCUCCAACUACGACCACAACAACAAGAGCUCCAACAACGACCACAACAACAGAAGCUCCAACUACGACCACAACAACAAAAGCUCAAACUACAACCACAACAACGGAGGCUCCAACUACAACCACAACAACAAGAGCUCCAACUACGACCACAACAACAAGAGCUCCAACAACAACCACAACAACAGAAGCUCCAACUACAACCACAACAACAGAAGCUCCAACUACAACCACAACAACAGACGCUCCAACUACGACCACAACAACAGAAGCUCCUACUACAACCACAACAACAAGAGCUCCAACCACGACCUCACAAACAGAAGCUCCAACUACAACCACAACAACAGAAGCUCCAACUACGUCCACAACAUCAAGCCCUCCAACUACAUCCACAACAACAAGAGCUCCAACUACGACCACAACAACAGAAGCUCCAACUACAACCACAACAACAAAAGCUCCAACUUCAACCACAACAACGGAGGCUCCAACUACAACCACAACAACAAGAGCUCCAACUACGACCACAACAACAGAAGCUCCAACUACAACCACAACAACAGAAGCUCAAACUACGACCACAACAACAGAAGCUCCAACUACAACCACAACAACGGAGGCUCCAACAACAACCAUAACAACAAGAGCUCCAACUACGACCACAACAUCAAGUCCUCCAACUACAUCCACAACAACAAGAGCUCCAACUACAACCACAACAACAGAAGCUCCAAUUACGACCACAACAACAGAAGCUUCAACUACAACCACAACAACGGAGGCUCCAACUACAACCACAACAACAAGAGCUCCAACUACGACUACAACAACAGUUUCUCAAAGUGCUCCUACUACUUUGGGAACGACAAGUAAUACCGUCCGACUUGUUGGAGGAUCAAACGAAUAUGAGGGGCGAUUAGAAGUAUUUUACAAUGGGGAAUGGGGAACCGUUUGUGAUGACGGGGGUGUUGAUGGAAUUGCUGCUGUUGUGUGCCGUUCCUUGGGUCUGCCUUCGAAUGCAUCUGAAGCCUAUUGUUGUGCAAGAAAUGGACAAGGAUCAGGUCGUAUCUGGAUGGACAAUGUUCGAUGUGUUGGAUCUGAAGCAAGAAUUGAAGAGUGUAACCAUAACGGAUGGGGGUUGCACAAUUGUGGCCAUUCCGAAGAUUUAUCAAUCAAAUGCUUACCGCCCAUUAAUUCUACAGUGCGGCUUGUGGGAGGAGCGACUGAAUAUGAAGGUCGACUAGAAGUGUUCCACAACGGAGAAUGGGGAACAGUGUGUGAUGAUGGUUUUAAUGGUAGAAUCGCUUCAGUUGUUUGUCGAACCUUAGGGCUACCUUGGAACACGUCUGAAGCAUAUUGUUGUGCAAGAAAUGGAGGAGGGACAGGUCAGAUAUGGAUGGACAAUGUUUACUGUGAUGGAUCUGAAUCAAGAAUUGAAGACUGUAGACAUAAUGGCUGGGGAUCACACAAUUGUGGUCAUCAUGAGGAUAUAUCCAUCAACUGCUUACCGUCCAAUGCAAUCAGUACAACCUUAUCAACACCUGCUCCAACUACAACCACAACAGUUCCAACAACGCCAUAUAUUAUUCGCGAUACAUUUAACUAUGGAUCAGAAGCGAGCGAUUAUUCGUUCUCUGGCGAUGACGUAACAAGUCAAGCACUUUAUCCACCCACGCAGUUUUACAUAGGAGACGGGACGGAAGGAACUGUUGACACCGUUUAUGUUGGCAGCAACGGUAUAAUCAGUCUUGUAGAAAGGUACAACAGCCUAUCGAUCUCUGACAUGUCGUCCUCCGCGGUGUCCGAAAGGAAAAUAAUCUGUCCCUUCUGGACGGACCUAACCUCUGGGAACAGAAUAUACUACAAUACGUACACCAGGGGAACAUGGGGCGACAGUACAACAUUAGAAAAAGGAAACAGAAUCAUUAGAUCAUACUAUGGAGAUGACUUUCCCUUCUUUGAAGCCACGUGGAUGCUUAAAGUUACCUGGAAAGACAUGGCUCUUUACUCAGAUAGAAGACAGACUGUGACAGUGCAAGCUAUUUUGAUAACGGAUGGAUUCAACACGUUCACAAUCUUUUACUACAUCGACGUGAACUUGAAUACCAUCGCUGGCUUGGAUAUUUCAAUUGGGUACAGAUUCAGGAGUUUUUAUACCAGUAACCCAUAUUCAUGUCAAAGUGGAGCAUUCACUCUCAGUCAGAUACCCGGAAACAGGGGAAGUCCGGGAUUUUGGAUUUACAAACUCACUACAGAGAUAAGAUAUGUUGGAAACGAAUUGUCCUGCUUUAAUUGGUAUAUAAGGAAUAAAGUCCAACAAAUGGAUGUAGUACUACGCAAUCGAAGACAAUGGUGGUCAAAUAUAUGCCCCUGCCAGCUUGACUGGCUGCAGUUCGACGGGGGAUUUCAAUAUUCACGGACUGAUUAUACUAAUGGCGUGAUCUGUUAUGCAUCUAUGGUGUCGUUCAUAGGGAGUGCAGAAUGCUGCUAUUCAAUAAGAAACACGUGGUUUGGGUGGUUUGGCUGGUCCUGGUGGUCGAGCUGGAGGUUCGGGUCCACUACACGCACCUGGACAAGACCAGCAGCCGGCACUCUGUUAGAGUACAGCCCGUUUUUCGACACAUCCCUGUAUUACAACGAGGAUCUCCAGCCUAAGGAUCAAUGCUGUAGCACUGGACAUUGUGAUUGGUAUUACGAAGUCCGCCCAAGGACUUGGUGUUAUAGAGUUUCCAGGUUUUGGAUAUCAUGGCUCUUUGGUGAUCCUCAUAUUAACACUCUGGAUGGACAUCAAUACACAUUUAAUGGAUAUGACGAAUAUGUCCUUUUGAGAAUCAAUACAACUGAUAAACAGUUCGAGUUACAAGCAAGAACUGACUUAGCAGAAAGAGCAAAUGGGACCACGAUAAAUGCUACUAUAUUUAGUGCAUUUGCUGCAAGAGAUGACACGGGGGCCUUUGUUCAAGUAGAACUUUCGCGUCACAAAGACAGAAUGUAUAUAAGAGGAAAUGACCAGGAUUUAACCAAUCAUUUUGAGGCCGACAAUUCCUACAGAUUCUCAAACAGAAAUCUGUCAAUCACAAGGGAUAAUCAGACAUAUAUUGCUACCUUUUUGAGAACAUCUAUCACGCUUAAGGUAACGUUGGGAGUGCGUUUUCUUACCAUUGAGGCUGUGGUUGAUUCUAAAUAUAAUGGCACAGUGACCGGAUUAAUGGGAAAUUUCGAUGGUGAUUCAAAUAACGAUUUUGUUCUUCCAAAUGGAACAAUUCUGCAAGCAAAGGAUGUUAUUUCUGAAAGGAAGAUUUACAACAACUUUGGACAAAUGUGGGCUGUAAACGAGGAAACAUCAAUCUUCCACUAUGUGUCUGGGCUCUCCCACAGAGACCAUUCCCAUCCAGACUUUGUUCCUUUCUUUGUGGAUGAGUACCCAGAGGAACAGAGGAACGCCUCGCGUGCGGCUUGUGGUGGGGACUCUGCGUCACAGGCCUGUAUAUUCGACUACCUAGCAACAGGAGAUAAACAACUUGCUCUCUCUUCAGGAAAUACCGAUACCUCCAACAGAGAAGAUCUCGUUAACAUCGAAAAUGAGCCUCCAUUUAUUGACGGCGACGAGGUAAUACAUGUUGAGGUCAAUAAGACGGCCAGAAUCCGGUUUAACGCUUCCGAUGACAAAGGAUUCACGUACCGAAUUCUAGAGCAACCGAAUGUUGGGUUUACAUUUAACAACGAGACGGGGGUUGCAUUGUGGACCCCAGUCGAUACCAUUGCAACAAGCAUCAGUGUGACAGUGGUGGAUAGUGAUGGGGUUUCUGCUCCAGCCAUGGACAUUAUCAUGAUUAUGUGUAGUUCGUGUAGUCAUCACGGAGUGUGCAAUUAUAACAGAACACGUGAUGCCUCAAACAGCACGUUCCGGUUAGCCAGAUGUAUCUGUGAUCAAGGAUACACAGGAGACGAUUGUGAACUCGAUGAAGACGCAUGCGCCGAGAGUCCUUGUGUUCAUGGACGUACUUGUAUAGAUUUAACUGCCACUGAAGAACUUCGAUUAGGCAGAGGUUACAAUUGCUCGGAUUGCCCAACUGGUUAUGCAGACAUUGAUAACAAAUGCCAAGACGUCAAUGAAUGUAAUGACACCACUGUCACCGUAUGUCAACAAACGUGCGAAAAUACGGAGGGAAGUUACGUCUGUCACUGUUUCCAUGGCUACAGAGAAACCGGGGGAGUUUGUCAAGAUAUUAACGAAUGUUCCGAGGGAACGUCAGGGUGCGAACAGAACUGUGACAACUCGGAUGGUUCUUUCGUUUGUUCCUGUGUUUCCGGCUUUCAGUUACAGGUUGACAACAGCUCUUGCAUUCAGACAGAAUCGGACCUCUGUAAGCGAGCUGGACUUGUCUGUCAAUAUGCCUGCGACAAUUCUUCCGGUGUCUACCAGUGCAUAUGUCCGGCUGGAUUUGAACUCGCAGCCAACAAUGAAAAUUGCCAAGACAUUAACGAGUGUGAACGGAGAAUUUGCUCACAACAAUGUACCGACACGGAGGGCUCCUAUGCAUGUUCGUGUUUCCCGGGAUACCAACUUAACGCGGACCGAACCACUUGUUCUCAAUGUGUUGCUCCAUAUUACGGAGAGGGGUGUAGUAGAAUGUGUCAAUGCGGGGCCGGGAUGGACAGGUGUGACCCCAUAAGGGGCUGUGUCUGCAUGCCAGGUUGGACAGGGACCAAUUGCAAUCAGGAUAUCGACGAAUGUAGCGCUAAUCGAAGCAUCUGUGGCACAGACAAAAUAUGUCAUAACACUCAAGGAAGUUUUCAAUGUGAAUGUCGACAAGGUUAUCAAAAAGUGCAAGAUGACUGCAGAGACAUAAACGAGUGUGAAAAUGCCGGAUUGCACAACUGUUCUUCUUUGACUUCUGAAUGCAAAAAUAGGGACGGCGGAUUCAGUUGUCAGUGCAGGACUGGAUAUAUUCAGAGAAAUGUCUAUGAAUGUGAAGAUUUUGAUGAAUGCGAAUCUAAUGUUGACGGAUGCUCGCAGAUUUGUAUAAAUGUCAAUGGAAGCUACGACUGUGACUGUUAUUUUGGAUUCUCCCUCGAUGACGAUAGAAAAACAUGUUCAAAGGUUCAGGACGUGUGUCUCCUUUUCCCUGGAUUAAACUGUAGCUAUGGUUGUAAGCAAGAUCCAAACAACCAAACGGUCGGCCAUUGUUUCUGUCCAGAAGGGUUUAUUCUUAACGAGUUGGAUAUGUCUUCCUGUAUAGAUGUGAACGAAUGUGGUAACAGUGAAUUAAAUAAAUGUUCAUUAAAAGACACGUGUAUAAACACUCAAGGAUCAUUUAACUGUUCUUGUCCAAGGGGAAUGUAUUUAGAAAAUGACGAAAGAACUUGCACUGUAUGUGACGGUUUCUCUUACGGGUGGAACUGCGCGACCCCGUGUGAGUGCGGAGUUGGCGCCUCCCACUGUGACCCUGAAUUAGGAUGUCAAUGUAAGGGUGGGUGGGCUGGCAUCAAGUGUGAUGCUGACAUCAACGAAUGUACCAGACAGAAUCCAUGUAAUGGAAGUAAUCAAGAAUGUCGAAACAUCCCUGGAUCAUAUGAAUGUGUAUGCAGAUCUGGAUAUCAAGAAAACUCUGGGUUUUGCACAGAUAUCGACGAGUGUGCCAAUCUUCCUUGCACCCAACUAUGUAAUAAUACUAUUGGAAGCUACCAUUGUGGGUGUAAUUCUGGAUUUGCCCUUGUGGACAACAGUCGAUGCAUUGACAUUGAUGAGUGCAGCCUGCCAGUGAAACCGUGCGAUCAAUUGUGUACAAACACAAUAGGCGGCUACAAAUGUAGCUGUCACUUGGGGUAUCUGUUGAACACUACGACUCGGAGGGACUGCUUAGCAAAAACGGAAUGUCUGAACGCAACAGCAACCUGCUCUCAAAACUGUGGAGUCCUUAGCGACGGAUCAGAGUACUGCUUCUGUAGAACAGGAUAUGAAUUAGAGUCUAAAGAUAACAAGACCUGUAUAGACAAAGAUGAUUGUUCUCCGAACCCGUGUAGUGAUACAUGUACUGAAAAAGGCCCAGGUGAAGGUUAUACUUGCUCUUGUGAGAUUGGCAAAUUUGUAGACGAAGACCAGAGAACAUGUAGAGACUGUUCUAUCUGGACAUAUGGAAAUAACUGUGACCAGCAAUGUACAUGCGACCAGGAAAAAUCGGUCUCGUGCAAUCAAGUCAAUGGCACGUGUCUCUGUAAAACUGGAUGGUAUGGUAACAAUUGUGACGUAGACGUGGAUGAAUGUGCUCAAACGUCGACAUGCCCUACAUCCUCUAGGUGUGUGAAUUCACCAGGCUCCUACUCUUGUGAAUGCGACGCCGGUACUACGAUGGCUAAUGGAGAAUGUGUUGAAUGCCGUGGAAACACAUAUGGACUAAAUUGCCAGUCACAAUGCGAUUGUCACGUUCAAAACACGGUUGCAUGCAACAAAAAGAACGGUUCCUGUCUGUGUAAAACAGGAUGGACAGGACACAAUUGCUCCGUGGAUGUAAAAGAGUGUACAAUGACUCCAGAAAUAUGUGGUGACAAUUCUGUAUGUGUCGAGGAAAUCGGAUCCUUCAGCUGUCUCUGUAAUCAAGGAUUUGAAAAAUCUUCAUCCAGAAAUUGUUCUAAUAUUGAUGAAUGCGCAUUGGCUAAACACACUUGCCACCAAAAUGCUGUAUGUGUGGAUACAGUCGGAAGCUACAGCUGUUCUUGUAAUCAGGGGUAUACAGGGGACGGCCAUUCAUGUUCAGACAUAGAUGAGUGUUCCUCUUCUUAUGUGUGUCAUCCAAAUGCCAUGUGUAACAACACAGUGGGCAGCUAUAUCUGUAAAUGUAACCCAGGGUAUACUGGAGACGGGAAAAACUGCACAAACAUUGAUGAAUGUGCGCUUGGAAGAAACACGUGCGAUCGGAAUGCUGUAUGUUUGAAUACAGUUGGGAGUUACAGAUGUUCUUGUAGUCUGGGGUAUACGGGUGACGGCCAUUCAUGCUCAGACAUAGAUGAGUGUUCUUCUUCCAAUGUGUGUCAUCCAAAUGCCAUGUGUAACAACACAGUGGGCAGCUAUAUCUGUGAAUGUAACCCAGGAUAUACCGGGGACGGGAAAAGCUGUACAGACAUAGAUGAGUGUUCCUCCUCCAAUGUGUGUCAUGCAAAAGCCAUGUGUAACAACACAAUGGGCAGCUAUAUCUGUGAAUGUAACCCAGGAUAUACCGGGGACGGGAAAAGCUGUACAGAUGUUGACGAGUGCUUAACUCAGAAAGCAAAUUGUGAUCAGAAUGCAGUUUGCACGAACACUAUCGGAAGCUUUGUAUGUUCUUGCAAAGACGGGUUCCAAGGAAAUGGGACGUUUUGCACUGACGUGAACGAGUGUACUCGUCCUGUACAACCGUGCGAUACGCAAGCCACGUGUACAAACACAAUAGGUAGUUAUCAAUGCAGUUGUAAUCCUGGAUUUUAUGGCAACGGUCAAACGUGUUUAGAAAACGACGAAUGUACUGAAAACACUCACGACUGCCAUGCAAAUGCCUCAUGUACUAAUACUUAUGGUCAUUUUUACUGCGAGUGUUACCCUGGAUUUUUCGGAAGUGGUAGAAAUUGUACAGAUGUAAAUGAGUGCCAAGACGGUUCCAAUGAAUGUCACGUGAACGCCACGUGUUAUAAUUCGGUUGGGAACUACUCGUGUGAAUGUGACAUUGGGUUCUCUGGAAACGGUUUCCAUUGCCAAGAAUGUCAAAAUAUGACAUACGGCGUUAACUGUAAAAACCAGUGCCUUUGCAACACCAGCAAUACUAGGACUUGCAACAGGGAGAACGGAACCUGUAUGUGUAAAGACGGGUGGACAGGAAAUACAUGUGACGAGGAUAUCCCAGAAUGCACCAACACUCCUCAAAUAUGCGGACCGAAUUCUCGUUGUAACGAAGUGCAAGGCAGCUACCAAUGCCUUUGCGAGGAUGGCUACCAAAUGUCUGCAAAUCUAGAAUGUCAAAAUAUUAAUGAAUGUAACACUACCAAACAUAACUGCCAUCCAAACGCACAGUGCAAGGACACUGAGGGACAUUAUACUUGUUCCUGUAAAUCUGGUUUUACCGGGAACGGGACUUAUUGUACAGCGAUACCAAUGACUCCGAGUAAUGUUAGCAACGAAGAGGCAAAAUACACAGUAAAGAUAAGAUUUGCGAUGGCAAUGAAUCAACAAACUCUUGAUGAACAAUAUAUUCAAAUUUCUCAAAAUAUGAAAUCAUCGCUAACAUCAUUCUACCAAGCAACAAUAACUGACUUCCAGCGGGUAGUAAUUCUGUACUUAAGAGUUGGAAGUCUUAUUGUUGAACAUGAAUUGGUGACACGGAAUACUCAUUUGGACCAGCAAAAAUCUGACAUCACAAGUACUAUGCAACGACUAAAUGGUGGAUCAGUCAAAAUUAUAUAUGAAAAUAAAGAGCAACAAAUAACAUCCUUGGAAUUGAAAGAUCCUGUGACAGAACAGUUUGUAAACGUUAGCUCUGCAAGUGUAUGUACCAUAUACGAAGCUGUUAAUCCAUGUCCAAAAGAUCACCAGUGUUCAGAAACGGACGGUCAGCUAGCCUGCAGCCCGCGACCUCAAUCUGACAGCUACAAGUUAACGUUCGGACUAGGGGUAGGCAUUUCAGUCGCAGCUACCAUCGUAAUAGCUGUAAUAGUUUAUGUUUAUAUGAAAAGAAGGGGAAAUACGUGUAUGAGUGAGCCUCCUCGAGACUACGACAACGAAUCCGACACAAGUGGGAAUAGCGGCGACUCCUUGAUUCACACGUCUGUAAAAGGCAUGGCAAAACGUUCAGAUACAACAGGGAUGACGGGACCGUUUAGUCUUCCUCGGGUCACAGCUAAUCAAAUCAACGAGACGGGAGCUAGAGCAACACAGUUUCCACACCACCAACACUAUCCCAGGUCGUCCAGAUGGAACUAAUUGGACAAAGUUUACUCAGCCAGGAUAACUUGAUGCAUGUACCUGUGUGCAGUUGACUUAUCAUAAAGAUAAUUAUUUAGUAUUGUUAGCAAUUUGAUAUUUAAAAAUGAUGGUGUCUGUUUCCACGACUUAAUCGUUUAUUUUGUAUUUUCUUGUAAACAGACGAACAAUUAUAUAAGGUUUUUGCUCUAAUUAAAAUUGUAAUCACUGAUUUAAUAAUUUUUAUAUUAUUUUGUGUUUCAUGGUAGCAAAUAGUUAUUCUCUAUUAAAAAAAAAACUUUUAAUGUCUUGCAUGAGAGUUUAACAUUUUUGAAUCAGAUACUCUAUUGCUGUAAUCGAGAAACAGUUCACUGCAUAAACAUUCUGUCCAAUUUUUAUCAUUCACACUUUGCCAUCUUUUACUUUUACGCCUUAUAUUUAGAUAUAUUUAGAAUAAUAAAUAAAAUGAUUUUAACUUUUUUUUGAUAGGGUGUAUCAAAUUUGUGUCAUUACGUUAAUCAUUUACUUCUCUAGAUCUGGGAUCAUGUCUGAGGUCAAAGUUCAAGGGCAAAAUAAAGUAACCCGACAUUCAUUGGAUUGGCAUGUACUAUGUCAUGAAUGAAAUAAAGUGACCCGACAUUCAUUCGGUUGGCAUACUACUGUCUGAUCAUGUUAGACAUUAAAAGCAAAAUAGUUUUGCCAAUACGUGUGGAUAUUAAGUCUAACUGAUUUUUAUUUGUUUUUCAAAAGGAGUUGAGACAUUGCAUCUUUACCGCAUGCUACAUAUAUGGUUGCGUUUUCAUUGACUUUGAAUUUUAUCCCAAUUCAGGAAAUUGAUAAAUAAAUCGAACACAAUUGAAAAUAAUAAUAUAAUAAUGACAAGCAGAAUCCUUUUAAUGAGAUGCAACAUCUGUCAUUUAAAUACUUAUCGUUUAGGAGUUACACCAUAUACAUGUAAGAAAUAUCGCAUUAAAAUUCGAAUGAUGAAAAGAAAAUUCCAAGUUUAGACCUAAAUCAAAUGAAUUGAAAAAUCAGCAUGAAAAAGAACUUUUACCGGUAAAUUGAACCAAUGUAAACAAAAGCGUGGCAUGAGCCUUGGUAAGAAAGAACUAACGGCAACUUGUAACUUACUCCAUAGCGGAGUGGAUAAAGUGUCGGGCUUGUGAUGCGGACAUUCCGAGUUCGUAUUCCGAAGAUGCUUUUGCUGUAACUCACGGGAAUGAAUUAUUUAGAUAAUCAAUUUUAUCCCCAAGCUUCAAAUUUUUCGCUUAUUUGAAAUAUGUACUGUUAAUUUAUCAUUGUAUCUAUACUACUAUAUUAAAAUAAUAGACUCGA